ACUAAGGGCUACCCUACUCUAGGUCUUCUAGGAUAAUAGAACUUGUUCUAUUAUAAGUACCCAAUAGUCUUUCAUUCCAUUUGCUCCACAUCAAGUUAGUGAAAGCCAUGCUGAUCAACUUUGUUCUUACUCAAAUUUUCAACUUCUUUUUUUGUUUCUUAUUUCUUCCAAUACACGGCAGACUUCACUACACUUCUUCGCUUUCACUGUCUCAAAUUUCAGUGCCUCCUUCUCCUGCACCCACGGCUGCUGUUAUCCCGAGUUACAAUGGUAGUUCUGCUCUUGGUACCACUGUUUUCAAUGUGAGAACUUUUGGUGCAGUUGGGAAUGGUGUUACUGAUGAUACAAAAGCAUUUAAAAUGGCUUGGGACAGUGCUUGUCAAACUGAAGAUUCGGAAGUUCUUGUUCCAAAAGGGCAUUCCUUUAUGUUACAGUCUACAAUAUUCACAGGGCCGUGUAAAUCUGGCCUCAAAUUGCAGAUUGAUGGGACAUUAGUGCCGCCAAAUGGACCGGAUUCAUGGCCGAAAAAUAUUAGUAAGAGACAGUGGUUGGUUUUCUACAGAAUCAAUGGAAUGUCAAUGCAAGGAGGUGGUGUAAUAGAUGGUAGAGGAGAGAAAUGGUGGAAUCUUCCUUGUAAACCCCACAAAGGAAUCAAUGGAACAACAAUGCCUGGACCUUGUGAUAGCCCGGCUGCUGUAAGGUUCUUCAUGUGCUCAAAUCUGAAACUGCAAGGACUCAAAAUCAAGAAUAGCCCCCAGUUUCACUUCAAGUUUGAUAAUUGUCAAAACGUUCUCAUAGAAUCACUUACCAUAAAUUCACCUGCUCUAAGUCCCAACACAGACGGAAUUCACAUACAGAACACAAAUAAUGUGAAAAUAUACAAUUCACUCGUAUCCAAUGGUGAUGAUUGUGUAUCAAUUGGGACUGGUUCUUAUAAUAUAGAAAUUAGGAAUAUUACUUGUGGUCCAAGUCAUGGAAUAAGCAUUGGCAGUCUUGGAAUUGGCAAUUCCCGAGCAUGUGUUUCGAAUAUCACAGUUAGAGACUCGAUCAUCAAGCACUCUGACAAUGGGGUUCGGAUCAAAACAUGGCAAGGGGGAUCAGGAUCUGUGUCAAGCAUAACAUUCCACAACAUUCACAUGGACACCGUACGAAACCCCAUUGUGCUAGACCAAUAUUACUGCCUCACCAAGCAUUGCCCUAACCAAACCUCUGCAGUUCACAUAUCAAAUAUCUUGUACACCAACAUAAGGGGUACUUAUGAUGUGCGAAGCCCGCCUAUGCAUUUCGCUUGCAGUGACUCAGUGCCUUGCACAAACCUCACUCUCUCUGAAGUGGAAUUGCUCCCUGCUACAAAAGGACGCUUGGUGUCGAGCCCGCUUUGCUGGAGUGCUUAUGGAACUAUGCAGACAAUUACCGUUCCACCAGUUUUGUGCUUGUUAGGGGGCAUCCCGGAACUGUUGCCCCAGAAUGAUAAUGAUGGGUGUUAAAUGUUAACUAAUAUGGAUCAGAUUAUAAAUACAUAUAUAUAGAAGAUGAUAGCUAUUCUAAACAAAG